AUGCGGCGGGAUCGCCGCAAUGCAAUUGUUGAAUUCAAAAUCGACACAUUAGCGCGUCCCCGCUUAGCGCGUCACCCGCUUGCGUCACCCGCUGCCAACCGCUUGUUUCCCCUUGUGCUUUCCCCAUCCCUUUCCCCCUUGCGUCCCCUCGUUUCUCCCCCUGCAUCCCCUCCUUUCCCCCACUACUUCCCCUCUUUUUUCCCCACUGCUUCCCCUCCUUUCCCCCAUUGCUUCCCCUCCUUUCCCCCACUGCUUCCCCUCCUUUCCCCCACUGCUUCCCCUCCUUUCCCCCACUGCAUCCCUCCUUUCCCCCCCGUGCUUCCCCUGCUUUCCCCCGCUGCGUCCCCUCCUUUCCUCCCCUCCUCCCCCCGUUUUCCCCACUGCUUCCCUCCUUUCCUCCACUGCUUCCCCUCCCUUUUCCCCGUUGCUUCCCCUCCUUUCCCCCACUGUUUCGCCUCCUUUCCCCCACUUCUUCCCCUCCUUUCCCCCACUGCUUCCCUCCUUUACCCCACUACUUCCCUCCUUUCCCCCACUGCUUCCCCUCCUUUCCCCCACUGCAUCCCUGCUUUCCCCCCCGUGCUUCCCCUGCUUUCCCCCGCUGCGUCCCCUCCUUUCCUCCCCUCCUCCCCCCGUUUUCCUCACUGCUUCCACACCUUUCCUCCACUGCUUCCCCUCCUUUCCCCCACUGCUUCGCCUCCUUUCCCCCACUGCUUCCCCUCCUUUCCCCCACUGCAUCCCUCCUUUCCCCCCCGUGCUUCCCCUGCUUUCCCCCGCUGCGUCCCCUCCUUUCCUCCCCUCCUCCCCCCGUUUUCCCCACUGCUUCCACACCCUUCCUCCACUGCUUCACCUCCUUUUCCCUGCUGCUUCCGCUCCUUUCCCCCACCCCUUCCCCUCCUUUCCCCCACUGCUUCCCCUCCUUUCGCUCACAGCUUCCCCUCCUUUCCCCCACUGCAUCCCUCCUUUCCCCCCCGUGCUUCCCCUGCUUUCCCCCGCUGCGUCCCCUCCUUUCCUCCCCUCCUCCCCCCGUUUUCCCCACUGCUUCCACACCUUUCCUCCACUGCUUCCCCUCCUUUCCCCCACUGCUUCGCCUCCUUUCCCCCACUGCUUCCCCUCCUUUCCCCCACUGCAUCCCUCCUUUCCCCCCCGUGCUUCCCCUGCUUUCCCCCGCUGCGUCCCCUCCUUUCCUCCCCUCCUCCCCCCGUUUUCCCCACUGCUUCCACACCUUUCCUCCACUGCUUCCCCUCCUUUUUCCCCGCUGCUUCCCCUCCUUUCCCCCACUGCUUCGCCUCCUUUCCCCCACUGCUUCCCUCCUUUCCCCCACUGCUUCCCCUCCUUUCCCCCACUGCAUCCCUCCUUUCCCCCCCGUGCUUCCCCUGCUUCCCCUGCUGCGUCCCCUCCUUUCCACACCUUUCCUCCACUGCUUCCCCUCCUUUUCCCUGCUGCUUCCCCUCCUUUCCCCCACUCCUUCCCCUCCUUUCCCCCACUGCUUCCCCUCCUUUCCCCCACUGCAUCCCUCCUUACGUGCGGUUCCCUUGGUUAACCCUCCCUCCCUCCCCCUACCCACUGUUUCCACUUUCCACCUCCAGUACCGUAUUACCACCAGCGUACUACCACCCUCUCCAUGCAUCCCUCCGCUUCCCGUGGGGCACAGGAAUGUGGGCAUGCAACCUGCCGCAACACCGCUCCAUGUGA